AUGGACGACGCCCCGCGAUCCGCAAAGCGGAGAAAGCUCGACAUCCCUCGUCGAAACGGAGCCAGCACGCCUGUCCAUGGCAAGAGACCACCCAGGCUGUCUCGGUCGGCAGCGAAAGCGAAAGGGGAAGCUCCACCAGAUGUGUGGCAGGAUACAGCAAGAAAACGGAAGCCACAGGAUGGCAGUGAUGGCACAUUAGCGGAAUCAGCGACUGGCGAAGAGGAUGACAUCUUCGAUGACAUCGAGGGUGCAUUGCGUGUGCAGACGAUACCGGCGACGAGAAAGAGGCAGCCGAGACCAGCUUCUAGCGAGGAGAAGAAGACUGUCGAUCUGCAAGAGCCCUCCAGGACUCCAAAACGAGGCAGACUGCGGUCCACCAAGAACGUGCAAAGCGCAAGCCGGAGCGCCUUGAAAAGUUUGAUUGGCAGCUUCAAACAUGAGGAAGAUCAGGGAACAGACACUCCAGAUGAAUUAGCGGAGAUUGUGACGCCUUCGAAACGUACGAAGACGCCCCUUCCAGCUGUGCGCAAGACACCGGCUGCAAGAUCGACAGGGCGGAAGAAGAAGGCACCGAGCACCGGAGACGGCGAAAAUGAGGAGGAGGAAGUGAGCAUGAUGGAAUCAAUCGCCACUACACCUUCGAGAUCGAACGAGCGCAGCAAGCCUACGCCGACGCGAACGAACGAUCCAGAAAACGCAGAUGAGCCAGCCAGGCGGCCUCCACCGAGCACCACCAAGAAAGCAGCAGAGAGACGCCGGCAAAAUCGCACUGAUCACACCCAGAAUCAAUAUGAUGUCGAAAGCUCACCCGUACUAGAGCACACGGAAGAUGAUGGCCUGGAGGUGGACGGCAACAGUAUCAUGGAAAGCGUGCUCGAUCCAACCGAGCCUAGCCCAUUCUACAAGCCUCCCUCAGCCCAGAAGAUACAGUCAGCACCUACUGUGCUCUACGGCGAUCUUCCAGUAGGACGCGAGUUGGAUUUAUUAAAGACCAUUGUCAUGGAUCGCAUCACUGGCAGACGGCCCUCACCCUUAGUCAACCUGGACGAAGAGUUCAAGUCUGUUCAUCAAACAGUCGAGCACACGGUCACGGCGGGAGAGGGUAAUUCGUUACUCUUGAUUGGAGCACGAGGAAGUGGCAAGACAGCUUUGGUCAACAAGGUCUUAUCAGAAGUAUCGAAGGACAACGCCCAAGACUUCCACGUCAUACGGCUGAACGGCUUCAUUCAUACUGAUGACAAGAUUGCUCUGCGCGAGAUCUGGCGACAGUUGGGCACGGAGAUGGAGGUUGAGGAAGACGGUGGUGGCCCUGGCAAGAACUACGCUGAUACCCUGCAAACCCUUCUUGCAUUGCUCUCGCAUCCAUCAGAACAGACGGGAGAGCAUACAGACUAUGUUGCCAAAGCGGUCAUUUUCAUUAUGGAUGAGUUUGAUCUGUUUGCUCAACAUCCACGCCAGACCCUACUGUACAAUCUGUUCGACAUUGCUCAAUCACGUAAAGCACCUAUUGCUGUGUUGGGACUGACGACGAGAAUUGACGUCACAAAUAGCUUAGAGAAGCGCGUCAAGAGUCGUUUUAGCCAUCGCUACGUUCACCUGGGCCUUGCAAAGACGUUCAGUGCCUUCCAGGAAAUCUGUCGGGCGUGUCUGAUCGUACAACCUGACCAGUUGAGCGUUGAGGAGCGAGGCAUUCUUGGGGGUGGCACAAAGACCACGCCAUCGAAGAGGCUGAAGAAAGAAUCGACGAAGAGCGUUCUCAGUGAGUGGAACGCCAGCAUCGACAAUCUAUUCGCGACCCCAUCUUUCCUCACGACUCACCUCGCCCCAACUUUCCACCUCACGAAAUCUGUUGUUUCAGCUGUAACUUCAUUUCUACUUCCAACCGCCACACUCGCACCCCACACCGCUUUCACGCCAACCCUCUGUCUGUCCGCCGCAGACUCGAAACUUUCUGUUCUUACCUCGUUGAGCACAUUAGCUCUCUCCCUUCUCAUCGCCGCAGCGCGUCUGGACAUCAUCCACGACUCCGAUACUAGCAACUUCAAUAUGGCAUACGAUGAGUACGUGACACUCGCAUCGAAGGCACGCAUACAAUCCGCUGCGGGUGGACUGAGCGCUAGUGGUAGCACAACAAAAGUAUGGGGCAAGGAUGUUGCGCGGCGCGAGUGGGAAGGACUAAUGGAGUUAGGUUUCAUUAUGCCUGUAGUUAUGGGGCAGGGUGGUGGGUUUGGCAUGUGUAGGUGCGAUGUUGCGCUCGAAGAGAUAGGAGAAGUGCUUAAAGGGGAGAAGGGGAUCGAUCGCGGGUUGGAACGCUGGUGUAGAGCGAUUUAA